AUGAAUAUGUUAGAUGAUGAAGAUGACCAAAGCUUUCACGCUACGCGUGACGGCUACUCCCAUUUGAGCGAUGUCGAAUGGGAUGCGGUUGAACGGAUGGGUUCAACCUUGGGCAUCCAUGCUGUUAGCGUCAUGCUAGAGGCUCUCAAUAGAGAUGCCCGACAUGCUACUAUCGCCAAGUUCAUUCCAAAUGAACUUGACGCAGAACGCGAGAAAGUAGCCUUGCUUUACCAACAAGGUUCUCAACAAGCAGAGUUGUUGAGAGAACAGGGUGCUCAACAGUUUGAACUGUUGAGACAGCAGCAGGCUGCUGCUGGCGGGUCGAUGCACUCGCGUCGACCCGAAACCUUGAAGAUUGACAUCUUCAAGUAUAGGGGGAUCUAA